AUGGUCCUUACUGUGUAUUUGGUCAUCUACCAUUCCCAAGCGCGAAGACGUACCCCCGCUCACUGGUCUAUUAUGGUCACGGAAGGUGAACGCGAACAAGAGGGAUUCAUAUACCAUGUCGUGGGCUCCAAAUUCACUGGCUACCAGAUCCAGAUCAAGGAACACUACAACCUCGCUGCAACCAAUAGACGCCAUACAGUUGUUCUUCUGGGCUGUAUGGAUGAGGCAUGGCUAGACUCCCUUGAAGCUGCUGCCCACUCAAUUGCCCUGCCCAAGAAGAGUCCAAAUUUACUGGACCCAUUUGCUGGCGAGGGCUGUCAAACCUGGGCUGGGAACUUUGUCCAACAUUUGGUCGAUUUGGGCGCAAUCGAUCAGUCAGCUAUUGGCCUUCUUGGAACGUCCCCGACCGAGUAG